UGGUGGGCACAGGUGGGACUGGCAGCACUGGUGAUGGGCACAGGUGGGCACAGGUGGGUGGCACUGGUGGGCACAGGUAGGUGGCACUGCUGGGCACAGGUGGGUGCACUGCUGGGUGGCACUGCUGGGCACUGGUGGGUGGCACCGCUGGGCACUGGUGAGCGGCACUGCUGGGUACAGGUGGGCGGACUGGUGGGUGGCACUGCUGGGCACCAAUCAUCAGGGCACUGAUCAUCAGUGCCCUGAUGAUCGGUGCUGUUCCUGCUCUGACAACUGCCGGUUCUCGGCAGUACUUUCCUCGUGCUCUGACAGCGUGAGGAAAGUGCAGCCGAGAACCGGCAAUUGCAUUUCCUGGACAUCAUAUGACGCCCUCCCAGAACGAGCCGGCCGCAGUGCAGCUGUCAUUCGGCUAUCUGC